GCUGGCUCGCGCCGCGGUGGUAAUAGAGGUCGCGCACAGAUGCGGGUGAGCCUGGCGCGGGGAGGAGGCGGAGGAGGAAAGGAAGCUGCAUGCAUGAAACCUACAGACUCUUGCAAGCCGGAUGCCCUCUGUGGAUGAAAGAUGUAUCAUGGAAUGAACCCGAACCCUGGAGAUGGAUUUCUAGAGCAGCAGCCGCAGCAGCAGCUUCAGUCCCCCCAGAGACUUUUGGCCGUGAUCCUGUGGUUUCAGCUGGCGCUGUGCUUCGGCCCUGCACAGCUCACGGGGGGGUUUGAUGACCUGAAUGUGUGUGCCGACCCCGGCGUCCCCGACAAUGGCUUCCGGACCCCCAUCGGCGGUGUUUUCUUUGAAAGCUCUGUGACCUGGUAUCGCUGUCAAGACGGAUUCAAGCUGAAGGGCUCCCCAAAGAGACUGUGCAUAAAGCAUCUUAACGGGACCCUCGGCUGGAUCCCAAGCGACAAGCCCAUCUGUGUGCAAGAAGAUUGCCGUAUCCCUCAAAUUGAAGAUGCCGAGAUUCACAACAAGACCUACAGACACGGAGAGAAGUUACUCAUCACCUGUCACGAAGGAUUCAAGAUUCGUUACCCCGACCUGUACAACAUGGUUUCAUUGUGCCGUGAUGAUGGAACGUGGGGGAACCUGCCCAUCUGUCAAGGCUGCCUGAGACCACUGGCCUCUUCUAACGGCUACGUGAACAUCUCCGAGUUCCAGACCUCCUUCCCGGUGGGCACUGUGAUCUCCUAUCACUGCUUCCCCGGAUUUAAGCUUGAGGGGUCAGACUAUCUCGAGUGCUUACACAACCUGAUCUGGUCAUCCAGCCCACCCCGGUGCCUUGCUCUGGAAGCCCAAGUUUGUCCACUACCUCCAAUGGUGAGUCACGGUGAUUUCAUCUGCCACCCGCGGCCCUGUGAGCGGUACAACCACGGGACGGUGGUGGAGUUCUACUGCAAUCCCGGCUACAGCCUCACCAGUGACUACAAGUACAUCACCUGCCAGUACGGAGAGUGGUUUCCGUCCUACCAAGUCUACUGCAUCAAGUCGGAGCAAACGUGGCCCAGCACCCACGAGACCCUCCUGACCACGUGGAAGAUCGUGGCCUUCACUGCGACCAGCGUGCUGCUGGUGCUGCUGCUCGUCAUCCUGGCCAGGAUGUUCCAGACCAAGUUCAAAGCCCACUUCCCCCCCAGGGGCCCGCCCCGGAGCUCCAGCAGUGACCCCGACUUCGUGGUGGUGGACGGCGUGCCCGUCAUGCUCCCAACCUAUGACGAGGCCGUGAGUGGCGGGUUGAGUGCCUUAGGCCCCGGGUACCUGGCCGCCAUGGGCCAGGGCUGCCCCUUACCCGUGGACGACCAGAGCCCCCCAGCAUACCCUGGCUCAGCGGACCUGGACACAGGCCCAGGCGAGUCAGAAACCUGUGACAGCACCUCAGCCUCCUCCGAGCUGCUCCAGAGCCUGUAUUCACCACCCAGGGGCCCAGGGGGCACCCGGCCCUCCUCGGACACCCCUGACACGGGGGCCAACACGGGUGGGGAGGCGGCCUCCGCCAGCCCGGGCAUCGACAUCGCAGAUGAGAUCCCUCUGAUGGAAGAAGACCUUUAACCAGGCAGAAUGCGGGGGAGUCUACUAUCGCCUUGCAGACAGGAACCCGGUCGGUCCCUUGGAACGAGGUGACAGAGGACAGAGCCGGGGUGUUUUCCAAGUUAUCUACGUGGUGAUGGUGCCUGGCGUUGCGUAUCUCAGACUCUGAGGCGGGGCCAGCCUGCAGACUGCAGCGACGGGAGCCGCACAGACCGGAGGACCGGGGGACCGAAGGGGAAGGCCACCGCACGGGGAGCUUCCUGCUCCGGGGCGUGUCUCUGGGCACCCUGACCUGCAACAGUGCCUCCCAUAUCCCCCUGGUUAUGUUAUGAGUACUACCUGCCUCCUCGAAAGCAUGUCACAUUAUGUAAACUUGCUUCUGCAAUCUGCACCCAACUGUCUCUGGACCCCACACUGGCACGCCGGGGCCUGUGGGGAGAGUGCUGAGCUGCCAACCAGGCCGCCGAACCCACGGGCCCUCACAGGAGGGGGCAGGCUCCCUGAGCAAAGGUUCUCGUGGAACUUUCUGGAACAUCCUCCUGGAUCUGAACACCUCUACUAAAAGCAGGGCUAGAGCGGGAUAUGGCAGUCCCCACGGCAAAGGGAAGGAAAGGCUCAGGCCGACUGCUUUCUGGAGCUUUCUUCACAAAGCAGCGUUGCUGUACUCCAUGCUGUCCUUGCUGACGUAUCAUCAGUCUUUGUAUUCAUGGUCUGUGACCUGGGUCCAUGCAUUGGACAAUCCCUGUUACUGUUCAAACGGUCAGAAUGUGUGCAAAUACAUUAUCUCAUGGUGGAGAAGGGA